UCGGAACUAUGAUAGCAGAUACUACGCUGAAAUUAUAGUGCUUAGUUUGUUUUUUGACAUCAUGAGGCAAGUUAUUAUUUUGUUUUUAUGUAAAGACUAGUCAGUAUUUUGAACUGAUGGUGAGAUGAGAAAAUUAGUUUAAGGAAAACAGUUUUUAUCUGAGGAAUAAUUACAGGACAGAAGGGAAGAUUGUGUACAGGAAUUCAAGAAGACAGUUAAGGAUGUUACAAGAUGAGAGGGAAAAAGAAGGUUUACAAUAAAAUAAAUAGGAGAGAAGAAUGACCAGUGACUUCAAAGAGCCUAAGGUGCUCUUCAUGGAGGUACAUGCAGAUAUAAAUGCCAGAAAAUGUAUCAAUUCAGAUUUGAGAUGCCAUUGGAGAGAGGCUGCCUGAAGGUCAUCCCUUCCGAUAGAAAACAGGAUGCCGUCCAGACUAAUCGGAAAUUUGCAACCAGUCAAGCUAAUCACAUUCCAUAGAAGGAAUCUGACGGUUUAGAUUGAAUUGUGCAUCGGAAUAUCAAGGUAUCUAAGGCGUAGACGGGAUUUUGUGACCGCUGACUUGUCCCGAAGUGGAAACCUAACAUUGGCGGGAGUGGUUGAGUGGCGCGCAAGAUUUCGUCGCUUACCUGCUGGAUCCAGUAAACUAAUUAAUCAGUGGACACCAUGCGUUUAAGAACAGAAAUCCUCAACGGCUUCCUGCUCAUGUGCCUCAUAACCGGCUUGAUUACAGUUACUUUCAUGAACUAUAUCCAGUUUGUAUUUUGGAAGAAGAGAAUUUUCUAUGAUGCCUGCGGUGAUGAAUGUAUUAGAGUGGAUAAUUCGUCCCACUACCUGGUCCAGACGGAAGUUUGCAACAUUCUGGACUUCGGUCCUUCACAUCCGGACAUCCACAGAUUUACCUACAAAAACGUUGACCCGCUGGUGUGUUCCAAACUCCCGCCGCUGACGGAAGAAUCGGGGUUGAAACUGAUCUUUUUCGAAGAGCGCGUUCACUUGUAUGGAUCGUCAGCCAAAUAUCUGAAUUGCUCUUAUCAGGGCAUCCUCAGAGUGAAUCAGUCUCCAGGCCACCACGACGGGUUAAGGGAUUCCAGAUUCUUAUUAAUGCGGAGACGACGGAUAGAGAAGAGGGAAACGCAGAUGAAUUAUGACAGCGUUUUAGUGACGUGUUACGAUUUUCGUCUUUCGUCACUUCGCAUAUACAGGAGUGUCCAUUUCUUCAUACAGCCCUCAAGAGCGAAAGACAAGCGAGAAAAGUUCAAGAAAUCAGUCGUCGAGCUGGGAACACCUGAGAGGCUGAGCGUCAUCAUCGUAGGAACAGAUUCCGUAUCUCGUGGGAGUUUGCUUCGCCACAUGCCCUUAACUUUCAACUACCUCACCAAUGAGCUACAGUCCGUAGAUCUGCAAGGUAUAAACAAAGUAGACGAUAACACGUAUCCAAACAUCGUGGCGUUAUUAAUGGGUUUAUCACUUCGGGAAGUCGAGAGCCACGACUGCCAGGACGAAAGCAACCCUCUCGCAAGACUCGACAUUUGUCCACUGAUUUGGAGAAACUUUUCGAAUGAAGGCUACGUCACGGCAUACGGAGAAGACUCGCCAAACGUGGGCUCCUUUCACCAUAAGCUGCCGGGAUUUGUUGAAGAACCAACCGAUUACUAUAAUAGGCCUUACUUCGUUGCAUCUGACAGGCUCACGGGACACAGAGCAGGAAAAAGAGCAGUUGCUUCUUUGUGUCAAGGAACAAGGCCCAGCAAUAUCCUCAUCCACAAUUAUUCUUUGGCCUUAGCCGAAGAACUGAGAGACGUCCCUUACUUCGGCUACUUCUGGACAUCAGCCGUCACGCACGAUUCCUUGCAAGGAGCCGUCAGAGCUGAUCGGCCGACCUUGGAAUACUUGCAGAAACUCCACAAAGGAGGCUAUUUAAACAACACAGUACUCUUCUUCAUCAGUGACCAUGGGAUGAGGUCUGGCGAUUUCCGAAUGACGUAUGCAGGGAUGCUGGAAGAAAGACUACCUUUUGCUCAUUUAGUAUUCCCAAGAUGGUUCGGAGAUAAGUAUCCUAAAGCUGCAAAGAAUUUGAUAACGAAUACAAAAAGGCUGACGUCGACCUUCGAUCUCCACGCAACACUUCAUGAUAUUCUCUACCAAAAUUAUGUAGAUCUGGAGAAUAGGUCAACGGUUUUCAAACACGGCCAGAGCUUAUUUCAAGAGGUCCCGGCAAGCAGGACAUGUGAAGGCGCCGGCAUCCCCGAACAUUAUUGCGCUUGUGAACACACCACAGAGGUGGAUCCUGAUGACCCUCGCCUUCUAGCAGCGGCAUAUGAAGCUCUGAGUCAAAUCAACUUGGGCCUCAAUGUCUUCCCCAAGUGUGCAACUUUAAAGUUACGUAAGGUUCUCAGUGGGAGAGUAGGGUCAGCCAGGGCAGGAACCACCCCAGAGCUUUCAGAAACUGCUGUGACAUCCUUUAUGGUUACCUUCAUUACUGAUCCAGGGGGAGGGGCGUUAGAAGCAACAGUCACAUUCCAAUCAUUCGGAAGAUACGAGCUGGCUGCGGAAGUGUCGCGUAUCAAUACGUACGGUAAUCAGAGUCACUGUAUCAGUGAUGCAGUAUAUAGAAAGUAUUGUUACUGCAAAGACUUGCUCUCCUGACUUGAAAAGGCUACUUAUCAUCGCGACAUCAACUACAACGUCUACUGUGAUAUGAUUGUUAUAACAAAAAAAAAAAAAAAAAAAAAAAUCUACUUUCAAGUGACCACUUUUUAGUAAACUUAAGAAUGCUACACUUCCUUGCAUGGAUAACAAGAAAUAUCGCUUCACAAA